AUGAGGUAUACUCGUGUAGCUGAGGACAUUGCCGAGGCUGAGUGGAGGGGCCUUGAGAGUUUUAAUAAUAUGACAGAGCUCGGGGAGACCGUUAAGCAUUCAAAUACCUGGACUUCUUUCAUGGCUCAACGCUUAAUAGCUUUGGAAAAAGACUUGUCCUCAGUUGAGGCGGAAAAAGAUAAACUUAAUGCCAGGAUCCAAGAGCUUGAGAAGCAACUUGCCGAGGCCAACCUCAAGGUAGAAGCAGCUAUCGCGAAGGCUUCCUCUUCGUCUAAGAUUAAGAAUAGAGCUGAAGCUAAAGUUGAGGUGUUGCGGGAGAGGAUCAAUGCUCUUGAGGCAGAAUUAACUAAGGCUGCCGAAUGGAGAAUGUACACACCUCUUCUUUUGCAGACUUCUCUCGUGGCUCAACGCUUAAUAGCUUUGGCAAAAGAUUUGUCCUCGGCUGAGGCGGAAAAAGAUCAACUUAAUGCCAGGAUCCAAGAGCUUGAGAAGCAACUUGUCGAGGCCAACCUCAAGGUAGAAGCAGCUAUGGUGAAGGCUUCCUCUUCGUCUAAGAUUAAGAAGAGAGUUGAAGCUAAAGUUGAGGUGUUGCGGGAGAGGAUCAAUGCUCUCGAGGCAGAAUUAACUGAGGUUGUGAACAAGUCAGUGGGGAACCUUAUAUGGAGUGUGGAGACAAAAUCCUGGCUUUGA